GGAGGUAAAUGAAAAGGUAAUUUCACACCGUCCAGAUACCGAUUAAAAAGACGGCUUAGUAAAGAAACAUUUGCAAUAGAUCCUCUACUGGUUCAUCAUUGAGAAAUUCAUUAAUUUCCUAUCAUUGUUUCUUUCAAAUGGGUCAGUUGUUCAAAAGCUUAACCCUAAGUUAACCUAAAAUUCAAAGCAAAUUUCCCAACAGCUGGUUUACAAAUUUGGAAAUAUUUCUUGAGAAAUCUUGUCUGGAUCAUUGGGAGGUUUCCUCUCUAAAGUUUUGAAAUAAACAGACUUGCAGAAAUACAUAAACUAAAACAGCAGGUUAAAUUUCAACCAAUGAUUAGGGCUAAGCCAGCUUUGAACAACCAGCUCCUGUUGUAUAAAAUAUCGUAAAGUAAUAAAUUUACCUUGAGCUCUCGUACAGGACUCGGUAAUUCCUCACUGUAGAGAAAGUUAGAAGAAUCAUUAUAAUUACAUUAUAAAUUACUCGAUAUUACUUCCAAGUAUUUUAUCCUAAUAAAGACACCACCAUUCCAUAACCCAGAAUCGUAAUUUAACUUACUCGGAGUCGAUAUCUUCGACGCUCUCGAUUAUGACAUCGUCUUCAAUAUCAUCCUGUUGAAAAGUAAAUGCAAAAAAAUCCAGUGUUACCCACUGGCAACACCCCUUAUAAUUUAGAUACUAAACUUCAUUAUAAUUCAUUGCAGUUUCUUCGGGGCGUUACCCUACCUCGUCAAUUUCGUUUCCAGUCUCCCGGUUCUCCUCCGAUGUCGUAUUCGUCAUGAUGUCAGUGACGUAAUAAGUCUGAGAACUUUCGUCAAAUCUUAAAGGUAGGUCUUCAAACUCACAUAGGAAUUUUGCAAUCGAUUGUACAGCCUCGUUUCUAAGCAGGCGAUAUACCAUUUCCUAAAUAUGAAAGUGUAACUAAAUUUGAAACGUGGUGGUCCAGUGUAGGUAGUAUUCUACAACAAGCUGUCGUGCUUUGUGCCUGAACUACCUGAAAAAGAUAUCUCAAACGUGGUGGUCCAGUGUAGGUAGUAUUCUACAAUAUAAAGCUGUCGUGGUUUGUGUCUGAACUACCUGAAAAAGAUAUCUCAAACGUGGUGGUCCAGUGUAGGUAGUAUUCUACAAUAAGCUGUCGUGGUUUGUGUCUGAACUACCUGAAAAAGACAUCUCAAACGUGGUGGUCCAGUGUGGUUUGUCGUCGUUACAAUGAUAAAUAACAGCAGGUAUCAGUGUAAGUUUAUUAAUUUGAUAUUAAUUUUUCCAAGAAAAAAGGAGACUACAGAACUACAAGUGUAUCUACUUUCAUUAUAAAAUUUCACAUACCAGUCAGUGUCGGGCCGUUUCGCACGAUGUUCGACAAUAAUUAUUUAGUAUUUACACAGCUAUAUGUCGUUUAAAUGAGUUCAAUUCAAUCAUUGUGAAAAUAAGCUAUCGUUACAAUUGGAGAGCCAGAGUAAACUAUUUAUCAUGCCACGUAUAAAAUUUCGAGUCCGAAUUGUCCAUUACGGCUGCUUGUUACUUGUAUUCUGUAGUAUAAAUAAUAUUGUAAUAAUUAGUCGUGACAGUGGUUCGUCCCUGUUGUGUCGUGACGGAUUUGACAAAUUCAGUUCUCACCGAGACAGACAAAGUUCUGAACGAGCCAUCUAAGCAUGGUACUCUUUCUUCGUGCAAAGUAUAAGUCCCAGUAGGUAGCUUGGUACCAGAGCUGUAGUUAGAUCCACUACUUUGAAGAGCAUUCUGGAUUGAGCUUGGCAGACGGUUAAAGAACCGAGCACUACUGCUAGAACUCUGCAGCCGGCUUGCAAUGCGUCUAGCUCUCUCUUUUUCCCAAUUAACGACCAUUUCGGAUUGCAUGUUAUUCAUUCUUUGGAUAAUGCUAUCGGCGCUUUGGGGAUUUCCAGAUUGUCGCAAAGCUGUUUGCUGUAGCUCGAAAAGCGACUGCACAAUCCUUCGUGGAAUAAAGAUUUGCCAUCCACCGCCGAGAUAGUGCCCCUGCGUUCCGACUUUUCCUUCAAACAACAACACUCCUUUCGGAACAAGAAGCACGCUCUCGUUUUGAAGAGUAUUUCCCCAUCUUGGCAGCACAGCCAUGUCAUGGCGAUACGACUCGUUUCCGCUACGCUGCUCGACGCUCCAAUAUUGGCCUUCUUGCCCGGCCUGGCCACCAUGGAGUCGGUACAGUGGAAUAAAAUCAUUCUUCGCUGUUGUGACGAAGUAAUUUCCACCACAAAAGUUGCUCAUGUGCUCCCCUUCGAAGGUGUUUAACGGCCCGUACUCGUGAGGUCCAACAUGCAUCUUGACUUCAGUGAAAUUAUGAGGAAUAUUACCAGCCAUUUUGGAAAGAAUCUCUCGACAAAAAUAAAAAGCGUAAACACAGAGCUCAAAUCGAAAGCGGAACUGCGUUCAACUGCUAGCUGCGCAUGAAAAACCACAAAGAUAUCCCACAAUGCUACAUCGGUAUCUGGGGCAGGUGGUAUAAAAAGCAGUUAAAUUAAUUAACUGAUAUAUAAUUAAUGUACAAGUGAACUAACCAAGCAUCGUGUAUUUAAGAGUUAACUACUAUAUUUAACUACAGAACGGGUAGUUAAAAUGUAAUUAAGCUUUGUUAUACAACCGGUUUAAAAUAAACUAUAUAGUGGCGUCUGUUCACUUUGUUAUAACGUGGCCAAACUUGUCGUGCGUUUGCGGUGUUUGAAAUAUAUAUUUGGAAUUACUGGCUUCCGAGAAACGGGUGGUUUGCACGCGCUAUUUCAAGGAAAUGCUAUAACAAUAAUGCGCUUUUUCUCGGAAAAAGAAUGUCUCAGUAUUAGAUGAACGCUUAUUCCGUGUCAGUUGCACGGUUGUUAAGUUGUAUUUGACCUUAUACCUCUCUACUAUAGAUACAAGACUAGUCCUACAUACAAUGAAAAUAAUUAACAUUAUUUUCUCACUCUGACUAACUGCAGGUUGACCAUCAUCUGAGCACGAUAGUGCUUAGUGAACCACUGCAACAAUUGUCAAAAAGCUUGAAUUUCUAACGUUUCUUUUAUAGUGCCUGAAGUGAAUUUACCUUCUCCAAGUUCGAGUCAACGUUGCUCCUUGGCUUGCUCGCUUGUGCAAGGAGGUUGAAACCAUUGAGAUGAUCAUCUUCAGGUAAUGUUACAAUUAUUUCGCCUGACAAAAUAAGAACAAAGUCAAGAAUACGUAGGAUAUGUUCACGUCACAAAAACGUACCAAAAAAACUUCAAUCGGAAAAUACUAUAACAAGUGGGUUUCACUGUAUGGGCAUUAAUUAUCGUGCGGCAGAUCGUGUACAGCCUGCAUUUUCAGAGCCAGGGCUAGAAAAUACAUUUCUCUUCCUGGUAGCAAAGUCCAAAACUAAAAAUUUCUUGUGCAAGUCAUAUAGAAAACGUCUUGCAUAUGUAGAUUUCAGAGAGAGUAUGGUGCCGCACAUUGUGAUAAACUUCAAUGUCGGCGGUACAAGACAAUUUCGCUUUUGCAACGCUUUUGGAAUUUUUAAACAAUAAGCACACUAUAUGGCAUUCCAGUAUAUAAGAUGACAAAAAUUUCUUGUAAGGUGUGCGAAAAUUUUCUUAAAAAAUUUUGUUAACCGGGCAUUUUGCGGCAAUGUAUAAUCAGAGUGAGAAAAUAAUGUUAAUUUUUUUCGUUAUAUGCGGUGGAAUUGGUUAAGUGCCUUGACUAUCAUCUGUUGCCCUGGCCUGUAGCUCGUCCUGAAACCCAUCAAUAUCCAUGAAAAGUACCUGGGACAACAGGACUCGACUUUCCACAAAUUCCAUUCAGAUUGUUGAGUAACACCCCGAUACUGUUCCAAAACUCCUCUUUGAUACUAUGGAAAUAUAGAAAUGGAACAUACACGCAUGAUUGAAAUUCAUUAGUGCCUAUAGCCUAUCUUGCGACAGCGACUUCUCUAGUUAACAAUUUUUCUCGUACCUUACAGAAGAUGAUCUAAGCAGGGAGAUGUUUUGCUGCAUCCAAUCAAACCACGCCUUGAUCGCCGGGACGUAAUUGGUUAAAACCGGCACGUGACAAGCUUCUUGGUCUACAAAUAUACACGUGACAAAGGUUUGUACAUAUCGAUGUUUUAUGCCGGUUUUACUCCGAACAAGUUUCCGAAAUUGUUUGGAAAUAUUUUUGCUUCCUGAGAAGCAAAACGUGUUCCAACAAUGUUUCCAAGAAAACAAAGAAAUAUUUCUACAACAAUGUUUCCUAGUUUUCCGAGAAUUACCGCGCGAUUUGAAGGAAUGGUACCUACCUGAAUUGUUUUCUGAGGAUUUGAUCGCAUCAGACGCGGCUUUGCAUAAACAUGCAAACAUAUCACUGCCCAGGUUGAGCGCUAGAUCCAGAGGCGUGCCUUGCAUGAACUGACCAUAAUCUAGAAUACCAAAUUAGCAAGCGAUAAUAAUCAUAUUAAUGGGUGGUUGGAUGGCAUGGAGAACAGUGGAAUUUUCAAAGAAUGAAAAGACAAUGGAACAUUCUGAUCACUGGAUCAUGACUGGAUGACAUGAAGAACAGUGGGAUUUUCAAAAUAGUGAAAAGACAAUGGAACAUUCUGAUCACUAGAUCAUGACUGGAUGGCAUGAAGAACAGUGGAAUUUUCACAAGAAUGAAAAGACAAUGGAACAUUUCAAUCACUGGAUCAUGACUGGAUGACAUGAAGAACAGUGGAGUUUUCAAAAGAAUGAAAAGACAAUGGAACAUUCAGAUCACUGGAUCAUGACUGGAUGGCAAUGUUACGUAAAGUGGUUUACAAAGGGUUCAUUGAAAUUGCACAGCAUAAAACUAUUCUUGCAUAAAUCUCGCGUAAGGUGAAGUAAAAAAAGUGAACCUUCAUGAGCCACGUUUUCAAUUUCAAACAUAUUUAUGGCGAUGAUUUCCACCAGACGCUUCAUUCUCACAGCUGGACUUGCAGGAUGUCGCAGCAGAGUACGAAAUAAUCCCAAAGUCUUGUGAUGGUUUUCCAAGAAAUGAUCAAUCCUACAAAAAAAUUGACAGAUCGGCAUUUAGGUCGGCAUUCCUAAAUGCCGACCUCGUUUUCGAGAGCUGCUGUAGUCUGAAUAUAUAAUACAUCUUACCCGAUUUUUGAAAAAAGCAUAGCAUGACAACACAGAAAGAAAAUUUCAAAUUGUUUGUUGAUCUAAAACAGAAAUGAAAUCCUAUCAUUCUGUGCACGCAACAAAUUAUUUUGCAGUUCAUCUAUUCCUGAGUUGAAGACGAUGUAGUGGUACUUAACUUAGGAAAAAUUCCUAGAUGCCCAUAGCAUACUCUAUUACCUCGUUGAGAGAGAUUUUAGAAUUUUGUUUUUCUUUCUUCUCAUUCAUUUCCUUCUGAUUCUGUUGUCCUUUGAGUAGCCCGUUUGGUGUGAACAAAUAUUCUCUUCGGGUGCCACUUUGAUAAAACACCCAGAACUCAUGUCGGCCUUCCUCAGUCGUUCUCCUGUCGUGUACACUAUCCCUGCUCGUGCUGUUGUGUCGGCGACGUCCUUGCCUCCAGUUUUGGUGUGUGCUGUCAUCUCUUGCAUUGUGUGCCAGUUCAUUCUCUUGUCUUUCUCUUUCCAUUUGAGCGCUGACGUGCAAAUCGUAGGCCUGAAAAAGACCGUUACACUGUGAUCAUAUUUCGAACUUAGAGCCAAUAGAGGUUCAGUGACAGUGUAGGUAGUAUUCUAAAAUAAGCUUUCGUGGUUUGUGUCUGAGCUACCUGGAAAAGAUAUCUCAAACGUGGUGGUCCAGUGUAGGUAGUAUUCUACAAUAAGCUGUUGUGGUUUGUGUCUGAACUACCUGGCAAAGAUAUCUCAAACGUGGUAGUCCAGUGUAGGUAGUAUUCUACAAUAAGCUGUCGUGGUUUGUGUCUGAACUACCUUAAAAAGAUAUCUCAAACGUAGUGGUCCAGUGUAGGUAGUAUUCUAUAAUAAGCUGUCGUGGUUUGUGCGAUCUGAACUACCUGAAAAUAUUCUACUAUAAGCUGCCAUGAAAAAGGUGAAAACACUCCUCAGACUGAUUUCAGCUUUAGUUGGGAUAUUAAAGGAACAGGUUGUCUUUUCCUGUAUGAAAAACCUUUUGGGAACAUCUCGAUAGUUCAGACACAACCCACACCAUUUUGUUGUUGAAUACUAUCUACACCGGAUCUGUACUUGAAAAUAUUUGUUCAGAUUUAUAAGCUACCUUUCUCUGCACAUCAUCAAAGAUGGCAUGUAACUUUUCCCUCGCCGUCAUGAUAGGGUUACUAACACUGAGACUCCUAACAUAGUAAUACACGGCAUCCAGCCUGCGUUUAGCGUACACGGCAAUGACAGCUAGCUGGUUGUAAGGUUUGCCAUUCCUCGGAGCAAUCUUGCUUGCCUUGAGGUAAUAUGAUCGUGCUACGCUCCAUUCUUUAGAAGAUGCAAGGUUUUGUUUGUAGCGCUCUAUGUCGCCAAGGAAAAUCAUAAAAUGAUGACAGCUUCGUAAAGCCAUUUUCACCUGUUAUAAAGUAAUUUAUAAUAAAUACGUAUUUAAUAUUAAAUUUGUCUACCAUGUAAAGCUGAUCGCCUCUGGGGACAUUGACUUUCCAUGUUAAGCAAAGUAGGGUUAGGUCAUGCAGAUGUAGUACAUGUUCUUGAAUGUGGGCUACCUUAAAGUGAUCUGAUGUUACAGAACUCAUUUCUGAGUUAAGCAUGGUUAGAUCAUGCAGAGGUAGUACAUGUUCUUGAAUGAGGGCCACCUUAAAGUGAUCUGAUGUUACAGAACUCAUUUCUGAGUUAAGCAUGGUUAGAUCAUGCAGAAGUAGUACUUUUUUCUUGAAUGAGGGCUACCUUAAAGUGAUCUGAUGUUGUACAGAACUCACUGCUGAGUUAAGCAUGGUUAGAUCAUACAGAGGUAGUACAUGUUCUUGAAUGAGGGCUACUUUAAAGUGAUCUGAUGUUGUACAGAACUCACUGCUGAGUUAAGCAUGGUUAACUAGACCAUGCAGAAGUAGUACAUGUUCUUGAAUGUGAGCUUGAGUACCUUAAAGUGAUCUGAUGUUGAACAGAACUCACUGCUUAGUUAAACAUGGUUAGAUCAUAAAGAGAUAGUACAUGUUCUUGAAUGUGAGCUACCCUAAGUGGAUCUGAUGUAGUACAGAGCUUGCUGUUGAGUUAAGCAUGGUUAGAUCAUGCAGAGGUAGUACUGGUACAUGUUUUGAAUGUAGGCUACCUGCAUAACAUUAUGGUCAGUGCAUGUGCCUUCAUCUUUGCAAUUGGGGUUUGAUUCUGCAUACCUACAAUAUGCAAAUUGUCUGAAUAUAAUUUCACAAGUUGGGAAAAAUGCUUCCAAACACAACAGAUUUUCUCUGGGUAUUCCAGUUACCUGAGCUGAUGGCCUUACUGGCCUUUGAGGAGAAAAGUUUAGAACCGACAGCACUAUCCAAUAAAAGUAAAGCUAAUUUUUGCAUUCCGCACUACCCGUUAAUCCUCUGAUGUCAAAACCUUACCACAGAAUACUACACAGAAGUCCAUCUCCAUUGUUUUUUGCGUAAGCGUUAUUCGUCAUGAUUCGUCACUCAGCAAGUACCGUAAACAGAAGCAGUCACCCCCCUGGACAUGCGCCAUUUUUAGUAUUUCCAGGGGGGUGACUGCUUCUGUUUACCGUACUUGCUGAGUGACGAAUCAUGACGAAUAACGCUUACGCAAAAAACAAUGGAGAUGGACUUCUGUGUAGUAUUCUGUGACCUUACCGCACGACUACAAUCGUCAAAUUGGUUUGGAGCAUCUAAAAAGCUUUUCAAUAAAAACUUGUGUUUAUCUUCAAGACUUGUUAUCAAGCUGGUGAUAAAUGUACGAGUCGAGUCUAGAAACUCUUGCAGAACACAAGAUACUUCACUUGUCCAAUUCUCAUCAUCUUGAGAUGAUUUCUGUAACAUUCGUAACUUUUCGAUGACUUGGUAAAUACCGUUCCGCCACAGAAUAUGGUAAACUUCCCUCGUUGUAAAAACGUAUAGAUCUGUCAACAUAAUUGCCUUGCACUUCUCUUCAACCUGACAGCUUAGUUUAGUCACAUGACCCAAUUGUUCCUUGGAGUUUAUCCGCCUUGACAACAGGUUGUCAAGGUCCGCUUCGAGAUAGCCAAUGUCGGCUAAAAGUGUUUCUGCCAUUUGCUUGUUAACCUUUUUGGAAUUUGUCUGGGUAUGUGGUAUUGCAGGGCUAUCUUGUAAAUUACUUUUUAUUGUAGCUAAGGGUGUACUAUCAUUAGUACUAAGCCGUUCCAUAUUUCGACAAAAAUCAUCAUUUGAACAUAGAUCAUUUUGGACCAAGGUUUUACCGUUGUUAGACCUUGAUGUUUGCUUCCUAACUGCUGGAUCAUACAACAAUCUGUUUGGUGAAAUCAAACCUCUAUCAUACUCAUUUAUAUCCCCUUCAGACUCAGACGAUUCUUUCGUAUUUUGAACGUCAAACCUAACGGUUUUAGAUACAGUCGUUUGCCCUGGAAUUGUUUUCGUAUUAAUCAACCCAUUUUUAUUAUUUGUAGUACGAUUUUGCUCUUUUGGAGUCACUUUCUUCGCUACGCCUUUCUUUUUAGAGAUCCCUGAAGCUUUUUCAGCUGGCAAAUCUUUCUCCUUUCGUGGUCGAUCGGGUAAAGUCUUUUGCUGACGUGAAACUCCGCGCUCCUUGCUUGAUUUAGUGCUACCUUUAACCUUAUUUCCUGGCUCAUCGCGAGGCGUUUCUCUAGUUUUCUUAGCAGAAUUCGAAGGAGCGGUCCUUGAACCUCUAUUAUUCCUACUUCGAGGCUUUUCUAGCGUUUCUGCGAGCUCUUUUAACUCCAAAUAAGUGCAUCGUAUGACUUUCAAAUCGUCUUCUUUUGACGCCAUAUUGUUGUUUGUUGUGAAAGGUGUUUCCACAUACAGGAAGUGAUUUUUAAUUAUACUCGAAAGUUGCUGACGUUGUCAAAAAAUUCCCUUCUACCGUCGUUCGCGUGUACGAGUGAACAAUCGCAAAUAGAAACAUUGUUUGUUCUCGCAUGAAUCUUCAAGUUUGUAACGAACAUCUGAAAGCUUCGAUGAACUCAUUCAACCAGUGCUAGACUGAUUAGACAUGUUAAAACCGGUCGAAUCAACCUUUAAACCUUUAGAACAAAAUAUCCUACAACCUCACACCCAGGGCCGCCCAGAGAGGGGAGGGGACAAUUUGUCCCUGGCCUCCAGCUAAAGGAGGCCCGUAAAAGAUGCUAGAACCCACAAUUGAUGAAUUGUAGGAAUUGCUAUUCUAGGACCUGACUCAAGAUUUCAAAAUUUUCCUGAAACGUCGAAAUUUUGCUUGUUCUUUUAGGGUAAUGUCACUCAAUCUGCAGCAUUCUAACUUUAAAAUAGUUUUGCAUGACAACUAGCUGGAAAGGAGUGGUUUAUACUCAAAAUGUGUAUUGUGUAAUAAAAUUUUAAUUAAAAUUUUUUGGUAUGAAUCAGUAAAAUAAAGAGGUCUGUUAUGUUAGUCAAUAUUAUGUUCUUGUUCAAAUUUCUACUCUGCAAUUGUCUCAGUAUUUUAUCUGCGAACAUAUUCAGAACUUCCUUUCUUCUCUGUUGGCCACUAGUCCUCUUGUCCAUCACAGGGGGUCAGACCUCUUUCCCAGUACAGGAGGGAUAUAUUGAUGAACAUGCAUUAUUUGCGGAGUGUGAUUUUGUAACGGAAACUCCAGAUCUCCAGGAUUCACGUCCACAUUCACUGUGUCUGACUUCAGUUUAACGUCGGCUGUGAAUUGUGAUGCCAUCACAUCCAUACUGCCGGCCUUGUGCGCAACCUAAAAAGACUCAAGUUUGAUUUCUUAUCCUAUGUGCUGGUGUCUAAUAUUCUAACACUUAACAUAACAACAAUGAUCCAGUGAUCAGAAUGUUCCAUUGUUUUUCAUUGUUUUGAAAAUCUCACUGUUCUCCAUCAUGCCAUCCAGUUAUGAUCCAAUGAUCAGAAUAUUCUAUUGUCUUUUCAUUGUUUUGAAAAUCUCACUGUUCUCCAUGCCAUUCAGUCAUGAUCCAGUGAUCAGAAUGUUCCAUUGUCUUUUGAACUCUUUUCAUUGUUUUGAAAAUCUCGCUGUUCUCCAUCAUGCCAUCCAAUCAUGAUCCAGUGAUCUGAAUGUUCCAUUGUCUUUUCAUUGUUUUGAAAAUCUCACUGUUCUACAUGUCAUCCAGUAAUGAUCCGGUGAUCGAAAUGUUCCAUUGUCUUUUCAUUGUUUUGAAAAUCUCACUAUUCUCCAUGCCAUCCAAUCAUGCAUUCAUUGUUUUGAUAUGUCUAGUGUCUUCUGAUCUACUCGUGUAUGUCAUUCUGGUGGGGAAAGUCUAGAAGAUAAUUAACCGUAAACAUCCCUCAGGGCUUUAAAUAGUACAAAGAGAGAAGACUAACAUUACCUCGAACUUCGGCUUUUGGCCAGCAGGCAUACACUUUGCUUGUAUGAUCAGGAAAAUCAACAAGAAAACACAAACUAAAUUCCUUUCCACUAAUCUCAUCUCGGUAGCUUACAUCUUUACUUUCUCCACAAAAAUUUGUUGGAUUAAGAAUAAUUCCAUGUGCAUAAUAUUGCAAUCAUGCGGUUAAUCGCCAAAUAUUAAUGAUGCCGGAACUUUAUAGUCUAUACAACCUGUUACUGCAAGCAGGUAAUGUAUUGUCAUCUUUAUUUUUUCUGUUUUAUUUAGUCUUUAACUUAGUAUUUUCUGAAUAAAAUGUUAAAUAUAAAAUGGAAAACGUUUUGAACAGUUUGUAUACCAAGUGACGGCAUUUUCGUAACAAGAUAAGUUUCUUUAAUUAAUUCAAACAUUUUAACUUCGUCACUUUCUGAACAGGAAAUAAGAUGUGUAUGCUAUUAGAAGUAUAUGUUAUCUUCGCUAUCUUGACAGAGUUUACUUCGGUCUUAGCAUCAAAUUCGCCAGGCGAAGGUACAGGACAAAAAGCUCAUUUUUCUUUGGAAGAUACACCGGGUUCAUUUACCGUUCAUGCGAAUAAAAUCUUGGCAAAAGUUUCAUCAAAACCAGACUCAAUUAAAGUCAUCGUUAAACCAGGAAUGGCUGAGUUCCCGGUACCGCAAUUGCCGACACAAAAGCCGUUAGUUCAUGUCGUUUCGCCCGCUAUAGUCAGGCCAGUUGGCGGAUGGAAUUUUAUGAGCUUUGGUCGGAGGAAACGGUCAAGAAUCGAAAAUGGAAAAGAAAGUUCGUUGGGAGAGAGUGGUGAAGGAGAUGGAAAGCGUAAACAUUUUGGAAAGAAUCUUUUUAAAAGAUCAAGGAUUCAUUCUGGUUAUUCUACCGUUAGAAAAUAUAUUAUCAAUCCAGAGAAACUAGGGAAUAUACGGUCGAAAAUUGAAAAGGAAACGAAGGGGAAUUCGUUGAAGAGUUUUGGUGAAGUAGAUGGAAAUCAUAAACAUUUUGGAAGGGAUCCUUUUAAAAGAUUAAGGCGAAAAAAUACCGUCAGAAAAUCUCUAGUUAAACCAAGAAAAGGGAAUAAACAGACUAGAUUUAAAAACAUCAAUAUUGCAAAAAGAUUUGGACAGGUAAAUAGACUACAUAGAAGAUUAGACAUUCAUUGGAAUUCCAGGAAAUUCAAGCAAGUUAAAUUAGGAAAUGGUCAUGUGAGAUCAGGACAAAAACGAGAGUCGAUUGAAAGAAAUAUGAAAGUGAAGGGUGGAGCAGGGAAAUUCAACCUACAUGUUGAUAAAAAACUGACGAAUGUGUCAAGCUCUACUGGAGGAGUGGAAAUUUUUAUAAAGAAUCCAUCGCCAAAGCAAAUAUCGCAACUACCGCGAGAAAUGUUACAAUUACCGGGUGCGAUGUUACAAUUACCCAAUGGAAUGUCGCAAUUAUACAGCGGAAUGCCGCAAUCACCUGUACCAGUAUCGCAAAAUCCUACAAGAAUAUCUCAGCUGCCCAAAGAAAAGCCUUGGGUAUUAGUUAGGUUGCCUUACGAUUGGACUGGUGCGUCAAAUCAGGACGAUGAUGAGUGAUAAAUAAUGUUAUUCUUUUCAUUAUAUGUGGCAUUUGGUGAUUAAUAAAAUAGAAUUAAAACCUAGUUUACACUAUCAAAGCUUCUGUGAUCAUAAUAGGAAUUUUGCAUAGGUAAAUUCUAAAUUUUGAAGGAUUUGUAUGAAAUGUUUCAGGAAACUGACUCAGUGUUUAAUAGUAUGUCAGUUCCCUGAAACAUUUCUUACAAAUCCUUCAAAACUUAGAAUUUAUACCUAUAUGCAAAAUUCCUACUGUGAUCACAGAAACUUUGAUAGUGUAAGCAAGCAGUUCAAUUUUCUUGGUCUCAAGAGUCUCGACAUCAUUGAAGUUGAUCACCAGCUGCUGUCGUGUAACGUUUAAGCCUGGUUUCCAUAUGGUCGCAAAGAUUGAGUCACGAUCUUUCUCAGCAGCCGAAAUACAACAGUUUAGAACUGAACAUAGGCAGAGUAAUUACAAAUAGAGAAUACAUAUGAUUUGUAUGUGUUUUAUAGGGUAAAAACUAUUAUAAUCUGGCCGUUGAGAAAGGAUAUGGAAACUUACAUGACUUUACUGAAACCAACAAAAGUGAAAAAACAGUACAUUGAAUUUUGCCUUAUAUAUUAUAUCUAUUUUGUUGUGCAUGCAUUAAAUAAAUGUACACUGUACAGAAAGUUUCGCUUAAGUCAUUAGUUCUUUUAGUCACUAUCAUCAAAAGUAAUUUUCUGUCCUUGAAAUUUUGUCUGACUGAUAUUUUGUUGAAGUUUUCGUCGUUUGCUUGCUUCCCAUGAUGGAUGACUUGCCGUUUCUUCCACAGAGUUCCCUUUUCUCUUGGCGCCUGCAAAUAAAAAUCAGAUUUGUAAGUCUUCGCAUGACAAUAAUGCCAUCCAGUCACGAUCCAGUGAUCAGAAUGUUCCAUUGUCUUUUCAUUGUUUUGAAAAUCCCACUGUUCUCCAUGCCAUUCAGUCAUGAUCCAGUGAUCAGAAUGUUCCAUUGUCUUUUCAUUGUUUUGAGAAUCCCACCGUUCUCCAUGACAUCCAGUCAUGAUCCAGUGAUCUGAAUGUUCCAUUGUCUUUUCAUUGUUUUGAAAAUCCCACUGUUCUCCAUGCCAUUCAGUUAUGAUCCAGUGAUCAGAAUGUUCCAUUGUCUUUUCAUUGUUUUGAAAAUCUCACUGUUCUCCAUGCCAUCCAGUCAUGAUCCAGUGAUCGGAAUGUUCCAUUGUCUUUUCAUUGUAUUGAAAAUUUCACUGUUCUCCAUGCCAUCCAGUCAUGAUCCAGUGAUCGGAAUGUUCCAUUGUCUUUUCAUUGUAUUGAAAAUUUCACUGUUCUCCAUGUCAUCCAGUCAUGAUUCAGUGAUCAGAAUGUCCCAUUGCCUUUUCAUUGUUUUGAAAAUUCCACUGUUCUUCAUGUCAUCCAGUCAUGAUCCAGUGAUCAGAAUAUUCCAUUGUUUUGGCAUCCAUUGUUUUGACUUAUUCUAGAUUUAUGAAAACUAAAAGCUACGUCCUAAUUCGUCCAUAACUAUUCGCUUUAAUCUUAAAAUAUUAGAAUAAGACUAACCUUUAUUCAUGUUUGUUUCUUGUCUCCGUUUUUGAUUUGCGUUCGUCAUCAAUUUCUUGCGAGUCUUGUCCUGUUUUGGUUUUGCCAUUUUAUCACUGGACUUGACGUGGUUCGCCUUCUUACCAUACUGUUCUUUCCAAACUCUAAACAAAUACAAAGCAUACCAACAAAUGUAAGACCUACAAUGGAUAACCACGUUUGAGAUAUCAUCUCAGCAAUAGAAUAGGCAUUAUUUUAUACCUUUGUCGUGCUCUUUGCCCCAUUCUGUUUGAUGAUUUCUUGCGUUCCUAAUAUAAAAACGAGAACAAGAGUUGCAUGAGAGUUGAUAAGAGUUGAGAAGCGAGAGUUUGCAUAAGAGUUUUCUCAACUCUCAUGUCCUGGUCAAACGAGAACAAGAGUUGCAUGAGAGUUGAUAAGAGUUCAGAAACGAGAGUUUGCAUGAGAGUUUUAUGCAUGUCCUGGUCAAACGAGAACAAGAGUUGCAUGAGAGUUGAUGAAAGUUGACUGGGUAUUAUCGCGGGCAUGGCGAAAACUCUGAUCAAAAUUUGAACCAGUUCAAACCCACGAAUAUAUGGUCAAUGUCAGCCAGUGUAAUAUACCUUUUGAGGUUUCUUAUUGCUUCUAGAUUUAUUAUUUAAGUUGUUCUCUUUCUGUUUUCCAGGUUUGCCAUUUUGUCUUGUGCUAUGUGGGUCACGUUUCUUCACAGACGAUAAACUCUGAACAAAAAAUGAGCUUGGAGUUCUCUCCAGUUCUAUUUCAUUGUCUGACUGGCAAGAGUCGUUGUCACUUGCUGAAGAAGGUAUCGAUGUCGGGAUGGUGGGAAUGGUGAGAUUUUCUUGCUUCAGUUUGAGCUUUGUCUUGGCUUUCUUUGCAGAUCUAACAGCUGGAUCAUUGAGAGAGGAUUGUACUGGCAAAGGAAAAGAGAAAUAGGAAAAGAAAUUAAAGUCAAACGACUGAGAAAGGUAAGUAGGAGGAAUGAAUUUUGUGAUACACAAGAAUUAAACAAGGUUACUUUUUGCACAUGUAGUAUUUGAUAGUUUUAAAUGAUCCUGAAUUGGUUUUGAUGAAAUGAGUCGAUCCAAAGCGCGUUGUUCAACCUCCUCUGCGGUAACCUACAACAUACAUUUUUGUUGCAAAUGUUACAUCGGGGAUGAGAUUAUUUAGAUUGGAUUUUUGUGGCAACAGUUGCAAAUCCAAGCGGGGACAAGUACAGAUUUAGAAGCGCACCUAUCCAAGGGUUGUAGAUAUUUUCAGGGAUGGGGUAUGUGGUCCAACAAAGAUAUUUUUAGGAGGUGAUCCAGCCUAGAUAUUUUCAGGGGUGUGGGGUGGGUGGGUGAUUCAUACUACUGUAUAUAUACAAGGGGGUGAUCCACACUAUAUAUUUUCAGGGGGGGAUCUGGAUUUAGAAUGUCCCAUACUUAGGUAAUAUCAAAAUUAAACCUACCACCAUAGAAUCACUUGAGUCUUUAUUUUGGAUCUUUUUUAUGACAGUAUCGAUGUCAAGUUCCUGAUGAAUAUUGAUGCAUAUAAGUUGUAAUGCUUUGAUCUUAGUGAUAUAUAAUAUUUAUUUAUUUGAUCACAAAAUAAAGCAUCAACUUUUACAUUACUUUAAUAUACUCAAGUUCUUCAUAAAAUCUAGUUGCUUUUCUCGUGUUUUUCUCAACUUGUUGCUCUGUCCCUCUAUAAAAUAAGAAUAAAAUACUCUGUCUAACACCUGACGAUUUUACUUAUCAAGGAGAGACUGCUGUCACUCAAUGGGUUAACUAAAUGCACAAGCAGAUAAUCUGAUUAACCCAUUAAGGGUCAGCACUCUCCCCUUGACAAGUAAAAUUGUCUGGCAUUAGACAGAGUAAAAUAAUAUAUAUAGGGUACAUUGAGUAAUUUGGCCAUAUUGAUAAGAUGCGCAAGGCAAUUUACUACCAUACCUUUUAUUUUUUAACAUUUUAAUUCUUCUUGUGAGAUGUUGUACGGCAAAGAUCUUUGCUCGCUUUAUAUCUCUCCGUAAGGCUUUCUAAAUUUGACAAAAAUCUUGUAAGAUGGAAAACUUGUUUUCAAAACAAUAAAAACACUUCUCAGUCAUGUUCCAAACAAAGUCUGCGAGAGUAGGUAAUUAAUAACGCCCAACACUUUUUUCUUUUUUUUUCCAUUUUUUUUUUUCUUUUCCCUUGACGAGUAAAGUCAUCUGGUGUCAGACAGAAUAAAAAUAUAAGUUCACAGAAUAGAGACCAUACAGACUACAGAAAGCCAGCCAACCCCAAGUGUAACCACUGCCAUGAUUCUCAAUAAUUACUGUGGAUUCAGGUAAACCGUUUAAUGCGAAUAGUUGUCACGUUAGUUUUAACAGUUGUACGAUGACGUUUCUAAGGCGUGGCUUCAACGUUUAUUUUUAAAAUUUGAACGUUGUAAUUACAAGGUAAUUGCCAGAUAGUAUACUUCAAAAUAAGGUUUCCGUUUUUAUAUCAAUUUUUUAAAUAAGUUAGGGUUAGGUUAGGGUUUAGUUUUGCGUUAGGAUGAUUUUUUCUACAUUAUAAAAACGGAAACCUUAUGUUGAGGUAUACUAUUUAGCAAUUACCUUGUAAUUACAACGUUCAAAUUUUAAAAAUAAACAUUGAAGCCACGCCUUAGAAACGUCGAAAAUCUGCCUAGAAACGUCAUCGUACAACUGUUAAAACUAACACGACAACUAUUCGCAUUAAAUGGUCUACCUGAAUCCGCAGUACUUCGGCGACUAUGUCAACAGAGUCAAAAAUUCGGGUUUUUUUUUUUUUUCUCUGGUAUAUGUGAGUUGCCCAAGUAAAUGCCUACCUGCCAUCUUGUUCGUCAUAACAAUGCUGUCGCCAUUUUUCUAGCCAGUGCGGUUAUGAGAGACAUUCAUCCCCUUGAACUUGUACCAUUUUGAAUAUUUUCAGGGGGGUGAAUGGCUCUCAUAAGCCGGGUAGGACCAUGGCGACAGUAUUGCAACGGUACCUAAUAAUUAAAUAAUUUAUCCAUAUUAAGUUUAGCCAGAUUAAGCUAGGUUUACCAAUCUGGAUCAAAGGAUUAGAUUAAAAUGUGUUCACUAAAACCGUUACAGUAAUCUGCUUGGAUUUAAUAAUAUCAUAUAUGGAUUUUUACGAUUUUAUAUACUGUAUAUCGAAAUCAAAUAAUUUUUAAUAAGAUCACAAGAGUUUUCCUACCGUGUUUCUAGAUAAAUUUUCAUCAUCCAUAUUUUCAGAGUCUUAGAUAUACUUGCAGAUACUUGCAAAAAUUAUCCAAGUACAGCAAUCGUAAGAAAUAGAAAGAAAAUAAAAAUAUUUACUAUAAACAACUUCAAUGUUUUCAUUUAGGCAGGCCUGCACGCCUGAUUCACAGCCUGGAUUUUAGGGUGGUGUUCACACUCCAGUCACAAAGUUUCGAGAUCAGUGGGAAGAAAAAUGGCAGAUUUAAAUCACUUUGCUGAUCAACAACAAAAUGAUUUUGGGGCUGAUCAAGAAGUAGCAGCCGUCCUUGGAGGCCGCUGUUUAGGUUAGUAUAAAGUACUUUUACUCGUUGUUUGAUUUCAUAAGUUUUGAGCAAAUAGAUAAUGUAUAUCUCCUCUGUUUGUUUAAUUGUUUACGUUCGAUAUUUGUGUAAAGUGCACGUGGCUUUUUGUUUUGAAAUGUGACAAUUAUGCACAAAGUAAAUAAACAUGUGUUUCUUUGUUAAGCAGAUGUGCCCGUACAGCGUGGUCGAUCCAGCUCCAGCAAGUCAAGCAAGAGUAGAGAUUCUGCUUCGAGUAUGGACACCGUUAAGGUUUGAGAUUUUUCAAGUUUUUAUUAAUAAUUUAUUUUAAUAUAAAAGAAUUCAAUUAUUUAUGCAUAGCUUCAAUUGAAUAGCUUCAAGUUGUAUUAUUUAAUAUUUGGAAAGCGUUCAAAUAGUUAAUUACGAUUCCUAGAAUUAUGUGUGGUUGUAGAUGCAAUGUUUUGCUAUAAAUUUGUACAGCAGAUCUGUCAGUUUUUGUCUACUUCAAUCUAUUUUCUUUCACUAUAAAUGUAUUUAUAUUAUUACAGAUAUAUUAAUUACUAUUAAAUCCUACAUUUAAAUUACUAGGUCAUGUAUUUUACAAACAAAACAGUAUACAGUUGAUAAAUGUUAUAUUUUUUUAGAUCAAAUGUGAAAAUGUGACUCCUGUUUCAGAAAGCAGCUACGACAGUGACAUUGCACAUUGUAAGUUUGUACAAUUUUGGACAUGAACUUCAGACCACUCCUUACGUUAUUACAUGUACAUUGACAAAGCAAACUUUGUAAACCGUACCCUCCCACCUUCUAUGUUGUGAACAACGUCAGAACAACUUUUGGUAAUUUACUAUGACAGGAAGUUCAACAUGGAGUUGGGGCUUAAAAGAAGUGAAACAUAAUUUUACAUUUUGAAUUUACCAUUUGUAUUCUCAACCAUGAUUGAUUAUCUGAAUGAUUGAUUAUCUGAAUGAUUGUCUGAAUGAUGAUUAUCUGAAUGACUGUUUAUCUGAAUGAUUGAUUGAUUAUCUGACUGAUUGAUUAUCUGAGACUAGUCUAUUGAUUGAUUGCCUGUAUACUGUAAUUGGUAAUUUUUCUGAAUGACUGAUUGAUUAUCUGAAUGACUGAUUGAUUAAUUAUGAGUGACUGAUUGAUUAUAUGCAGGGGCGGAUUCAGACAGGUUUGACAGGUUUAUAUAAACCUGUCAGAUUUUCCAAAGAAAGAAAAUCUAUAACCUUCCAUGUACAUAUAUAACUAAUUUAAAGAAUAUUCUGUUUCAUAAACUUGAUGUUGUCUAAUCUAUUAUGCCAUUUAAAUACUCUUAUUGAAAUUUGAUUCUGGAUUACCGAGCGUAUUUAGACCCACUUACAUAAUAAGCAUUUAAUUAAUUAAGGACUUAUCGCGCUGGUUUCCUCUUACGAAAUGUUGUAAUACUAGACAAAUAAUCUGCUAAUGUAUCGUUGUGGGUCAUGGACUGAAACAUCGCAUGAAUAACACAUAACCGCCCGCAAUUAUGAGUAAACCGGUGGUCGGAGUUUUCUCAAUGAGAGUAAACCGGUCGAUACGCCAUUCGAUUGGCUAAACGGCUGCGCUCCGACGGAUGUAAACCGGUCAUAAACCUGUGAGUCGAGCAGUAUUUAGAGAAAACUGGGAAUGAAAGUUAACAGAACUCGAGGACGCGCGAAAUAUGUUUAUAAUUUUGCGUGACUGAAAAUUGCGUUGGCGAUAGAAGCAUUUACAUGGAUUUCUUGUUCAUUUUGAAGGUUUGUUUAAAAGUAUAUAGUCUAAAGUUAUAACUGUAAGCUAUUUCUACUUACUGUAUAAUAAAUAUCGAUCCGUCAACAAGCGUAUCGAUGUUUAUACGUGUAACUUCUACACAGUCUACACUCAUGAUAGCGCGAAAUGUGUGUAUGAUUCUUAUAAUAUUGCGUGACCGAAUCAUUGCGUUUGCGAUAGAGAAUCCGGAAAUAAUUGUAAAGCUUUCACGCUCUUGCAGUUUGGUUUCUAUUUCAUUGUUAAAGCGGUUGGUUUGAAAGCGUAUAGAUCUAAAAUUACAACUAUGUUUAUAUUAAAAGCAUCUCUACUUGUUGUACUUAUAAUAGAUAUCGAUGCGUCAGCAAUUUGCCAAUCCUAUAUUUUUAUCACCAGCUAAUAAGUUUCCGAAAACGUUCAAUUCAUUGUUUGAGCUGCGUAUAUUGGUCCAAAAUUCUCUUAAAAACAUGUAUUUUCUAACCAUUAAAUUAAUUUAAAAGGUGAUGCCAGAACACAGGAAAUGCUGUUUCAGAGGCCCGAAUUUUAAAAAUUUCCCGGGGGUGCAUGCCCCCGGACCCCCCUAGUGGUUGUGUGGACCUAGUAAACCUGUCAUCCAAAACGCUGGAUCCGCCCCUGAUAUGAAUGACUGAUUAUCUGAAUGAUUGAUUGAUUGUCUGAGUGAUUGAUUGUCUGAAUGAAUGAUUGAUUGUCUGAAUGAAUGAUUGAUUAUCUGAGACUGAGCUAUUGAUUGAUUGCCUGCCUGAAUGGUUGGUUAUGAAUGACUGAUCGAUUAUGUGAAUGACUGAUUGAUUAUGUGAAUGACUGAUUGAUUACGUGAAUGACUGAUUGAUUAUGUGAAUGACUGAUAGAUUAUUUGAAUGACUGAUAGAUUAUUUGAAUGACUGAUAGAUUAUCUGACUGACUCAGAUCAAUGAUUAUCUGAAUGAUUGAUUAUCUGAAUGAUUGAUUAUCUGAAUGAUUGAUUGCUUGAAUAAUUGAUUGUUUGAAUGAUUGAUUACCUGAAUAACUGAUUGAUUAUCUGAAUGAUUGAUUAUCUGAAUGAUUAGUUAUCUGAAUGAUUGAUUGUUUAUCUGAAUGAUUGAUUGACUAUCUGAAUGACUGAUUGAUUAUCUGUAUGACUGAUUAUCUAAAUGACUGUGUGAACUUUUCAAUAUAAAAUGAAGAUUAUAACUGAUCAUAUAACUUGAUAAUCAUUCUUUACAAGUACAUUUGGUGUUCAAUAGAUCCAUCUCUGCAGUUCUUAGCAGCGCAAGGUGAAGUUGUGAAAAUUAAAGAAGAAAUUGAGAGAGGUAAUCUUCACAUCCCCAUAGACAGACUUUGAAGUAAUGUAGAAUACCAUUUAAAGCCUAGUUUACACCAUCAAAGUUUCUGUGAUCACAGUGGAGAUCUAGCGUACAUAAAUUCUAAGUUUUGAAGGAUUUGUAAGAAAUGUUUGAGUUACGACGCACAAGUUACUUACUCGUGUGUUAACCUAACACACGAGUAAGUAACUUGUGCGUCGUAACUUUUAUUUGGUGCAACACAAACGAUUUCUGGAGGACCUGCUGCCAAUGUUUUGCAACUAAAGGAAGAAGAUGUUGUGAAGUUCCUGUUGUCAGGAACCCACUUAGGAAUCCUAACACACAAGCCAGUACAAAUCCUUCAGAAACCUAGAAUUUACCUAGUAUGCAAAAUUCCUACUGUGAUCACAGAAACCGUAAUGUGUAAAUUUAAGAAUCUUACUAUUUGCAGGAAUUGACAUCAAUGCCAUGGACAAGCAAGGAUUGACACCGUUGAUGUGGGCAGCUGCACAUAGACAGGUGCUUUCUUCUGUUGUGUUUAAAACUGUUUAUUUUAGACCUGUUAAUUUUAAACAGUUUAGUUAUUUCAACAGUCGUUUUAGAUAAGUUGUUUUUUACAUUGUAUUUCUACAUCUAGAAAGCAGCAUCCAAACUGUUGCUAGAGAACCACGCAGAUCCGAACAAAGAGGGUUUAGGAGGUGAAACACCAUUGUUGUUUGCUGCCAGUCAAGGACAGAGUGGUAUUAUUGGUCAACUGUUGCACCACGGGGCUGACAUCAAUCAUGCCGACAUGGUAAUUAGAUAUUAUUCACGGAAGUCUGUUCAUUUGAAAGCCAAGAAAAUGAAUUGAAAAACGAGGCACUAUAUCUCACUACAUUUGUUUGUUUUUCUCACCAAAUUUCCAGAAUGGCGGAACAGCGUUAAUGUAUGCAGUGUUUGGUGGCUUUCAGGAGAUUGUAAAAACAUUGCUAGGUUUGUGUGUGCUCCUCGUUGGGAAAUACGUAAUUUCUUUAUUGAGCAUGCUUCCCAUUUGGCCGUAACUCUCGUGAAGAGGUCAUGUUCCACCCUCUACGAUGUGAAAUUGUCUGGAUCUAUCUUGUCUUUCUAUGGAACCAAACUGUAGAACGACAUUCUGUGACGUCGGUUAUAUCAGUAGAGACUGAUUUGUAUAUAUAAACUACAAGAUUGAUGCAGACUACGUCACAUGUAAUGUAAUACAGUCAAUAAAGACUGAUUUGCAUAUAGCACAAAAAAGACAAGAUAUAGAUCCAGACUACAUACGAAAAAAACACACAAGUUGUAACAGUCAAAACAGUGCUGUUCCAACAACUUGUCAUCAGGAUGUGUUCUCACCGCUUGUUUCCAUCGCGCUGUUGACAAAUCCGUUGACAACUUGGUACAGUACAAGGUUAAUUGUUGACUGUGAUUGUUGAGCUCUACAGACUUGUUACAACUUGUUCCAACAAUGGAAUUAGUCCCUGAAUCGUUGCAUUGACAUUGUUACAGAAAAUGGGGCAGAUAUGACAAUGAAGAACGAAAAUGACGAAACAUGUUAUAGUUUGGCCGCCAGUCUUGGGAAUAAAGCAGGUGGGAAGGACGUUACUUUUGCUAAACAUUAUUAUGCAUCUUUAUGGGUCUUUUUUAAGCCAUUUAAAACACUCCCAGUUCGUGCUUUAUCAGAUAUAAAACUCUUGGUUAUAUCUGAUAAAACACUCCUGCUCGUUUAUUAAAUAGUACUUAGAGAUACAAUUUAAUUUUCUUGUUUUUACUCUGGGUUAAAGUUUAUGUAAAUUAACAUAAUUUUUUAUUACAUAUAAAACCUCCAACACGGUAAUGAUUUCCAUAGUCUUUUCAUAAUGAACUGUUAACUGAUGGUUAUCUUUUCUUUUUGCAGUAAAACAUGUUAUUGAGGAGUAUCUCAAGGGUGUACUGGAGAACCCCAGACCAUAGCUGCAGAGAUACUGUGUGAGAUGGCGUCAUUGUGAUGACGGCAUCUCCAGUGUCUCACUGAUCAAUCUCGUGACUCAGCGAAGGUUAUAGGUAAUCCUUUUCCAAACGAAGGAAGCAAGGCCCAGGAUGGUGAACUGGAAGACUUGACGUGCAAAACCAAGAGGAACGCCAUGCUUCGUGCAUUUAUAUACGAUACAUGCCAUAAUAUUAUUAACGCAAAAAGACCAGAGCCAAAAUACAAGCGUACUCUGGUCCAGACUCGACUGAGCGUCAAUGUCGAAAUGUGAAAGUUUUGCAAAAGUAUUGAGAGGUUUCAUGUGUAUUCUUUCACACACGUUUCUGUUCUGUGAAGAAGAAAAAUCAGAACGCUUAAAGAUUUGAAGAGAAACUGAAGAAUAAUGAAAAACGGUGUCAGUAUUAGCCUAUUAGUCAGGCGGAAUUAUAUAUAUUUUAGUAUUGCCUAGCUAGCAUUAAUAAGUCAAAUACAGUGUCG